UGUUACCCGCAGGCCUGAGGUUACAGGUCCUCAUUCGUAGGGUGCAGAUGCGGGGCCGUCGGGCCCGACGAGGGAGGGUUUGCCGUAGUGAGGGAAUUCAAGUAAAAGUGGUUAUUCCUCCGCUUUCCCUCACUAAUGUAGACUUUGGUGAUUUCAGAAAUAAAACCAAAGUACUACUAGCAGGUUAACGUGUGUUGAGAGAGACCAGUAGUCUCCGUAUGGGAGAGUUCAAGGGAAAACUGCAGGAAGAGCCAGAGCGAAAUCGCAGCUUGUCAGAAGUUGCAGGCUUACUGAGGAGAAAUAAACCAGGAUUUCAUUUCCAAGAUGGAAAGUCCAUCAGACUCGGCCAUGGUUGCCCCUAGCACUCCACAGGCCUGUGCGAAUCCACCGUCUCUCCACACAGAUAGUUCGGGGAAAGCGCCCAUGAGUGCAACACUUAGAGACAGAUUGAGGAAGACAAGAUUUUCAUUUAAUUCCUGUUGCAGUGUAGUAAAACGUCUUAAAACAGAGAAUGAAGAAAAUGAUCACAUCUUUUCAGAGAAACCAGAAUCUUCAACAGAAAAAGACUGUUUGAAGUUUCAAGAAAGUUGUGAACACAUAGAUAGUGAACCUGAAGAACAUACAUAUUUGAAAAAUACUCUCCAGAAUACCAGUGAAUCUAAGUCACUUGAUACUGGGUCAUAUGGUGUUCUGCAAAAUGAUUUUGUGAAUGAGAAUUUUAAACAAGGAUUAAAGGAAGAAAAAGCAAAAUUGGUGAAGCAGGUAGAGGAGAAGGAAGACCUCCUUCGGAGGCUAAAACUAGUCAAAAUGUAUAGAUCAAAGAAUGACCUGUCACAGUUACAACUGUUGAUAAAAAAGUGGAGAAGCUGCAGCCAGCUGUUGCUUUAUGAGUUGCAGUCAGCUAUGUCUGCAGAGAACAAGAAACUAAGCCUUACUCAAUUGAUAGACUACCAUGGGUUAGAUGAUCAAUUGCUACACUAUAACAGAAGUGAAGAAGAAUUUAUAGAUGUGUAAUUCAUAACUUUUCCUCAGAAUAUCUUUUUCUUGCUUUUUUUUUAAACUCCUCCCCCUCCCCCCAGUACUAGGGGAUCAAAUUAGGCCCCCUUGGGUGUGCUUAACUACUGAUCCAUACCUCUUUUUUUUUUUUUUUUUUUUUGGUCUUUUUCCUUAUCGGUACCAGGGAUCGAACUCACGACUGCCUGCUUGCAAGGCAGGCGCUUAUGCCGCUGAGCUAAAUCCCCAGCCCCCUUUGAUCCAUACCUCUGGUUCUUCAGCAAAUCUUUGAGAAUGACAACUUAAUGAAAAUAUACUUAAGACAUUGUAAAGAGAAGAUGUUAGCCAUGAAGGCAGUGGUGGCGAACCUACAGCACAUGUGCCACAGCAGGCUGUAUCAUUGACAGCUCUGAAAGAGUCACCAUCAGUGCUUUAGAAUAUAAAGUAUCUUGACCUUAAAUUCAGAGUUUAGGACACUGAGUCACAUAAAUUGUCCUAAAAUGAAAUACAGCAUUUUGAAGAGAUUUACCAAGAAAAUUUGACAUUUAAAGAAAUGUUAAAAGUUAGAUUUGGUAGCACUUGCCUGUCUCUUAUCCCAGCACUCAAGAGACUGACACAGAAGGAUGAAAAGUUUAGCCAGCCUUGGCAACUUAGCAAGACCCUCUCCCCAGCCUCCACCCCCUGAAAAAAAGAGGGCUAGGGAUAUAGCUCAGUGUAAAGGCCCUGGGUUCAAGCUCCGUACAUAAACGAAUGGAUGGGCCAGGGAUGUAGUUCUGUAUGAAGGCCCCAGUGUGCGCACACACAUACAAAUUUAUAGAAUGUUUAAAAAAUGGACAGUCCUGGGUACCAGUUUUUAUAUCUUUUGAUUUUUAUGGCAGAAAGUCUUAUUUUCAGUGUUAAAUAGUCCAAUCUGGUGAAUGCCUAAAACCUAACCCGAUCAAAAGUUCUCACCUCUAAACCUUGUUUCCAUCUUACCUCUCGUCAUCUGCUGAUCUCAGAUAAUUAAACUUAUGUCCAAAAUUA